AAGUGUUGGAGUCAGAGCUUAAAGUCUCAGCGUAUAAGCGGGCGAGCAUGUUAAACGGUUUGCACAAUUCUGUUCGAGUGACAAACAUCAUCAAUGUGAGUGCUGCGUGGCUUUUGCUGUGCUGCUAGCUGCUCCUGGGGGCAAUGAAAUCAAGGAAGCUGCCCAAGGUUUGUGGCCUCAACUGUUUGACCCUUGUCUAUUUACCGCUGAUGCUGCCCAUCCUAAGAUGCACGGCUAUUGGCACAGGCAGUGGGAGCAACAGCGGCAGCGGCAGCGGCAGCGGCGACGCGGACUUCGACUAUCGCAUGCAGCGUGUGCGGAACGUGCUGAAGGAGGUGCCGCUGAUCGACGGCCACAACGACUUGCCCUGGAAUAUUCGCAAGUUCCUCAAGAAUCAGCUGAAGGACUUUCACUUUGGCAGCGAUUUGCGCGAACUGGCGCCCUGGUCUUCGAGCGCCUGGAGCCAUACGGAUCUGCGUCGUCUCAAAGAGGGCAUGGUCUCUGCACAGUUCUGGUCCGCCUACGCGCCCUGCUCCUCACAACAUCUGGAUGCAGUGCAGCUAACGCUGGAACAGAUCGAUUUGAUACGGCGCCUGGUACUGCUCUAUCCGCAUCACAUGGCACUGGUCACCAGCGCUGCGGGCAUCGAGCAAACCCAUCGCACGGGCAAAAUAGCCAGCCUGAUUGGCGUCGAGGGUGGCCAUGCGAUCGGCACCAGUCUGAGCGUUCUGCGCAUGUUUUAUCAACUGGGCGCCCGAUAUCUUACACUCACUCACACCUGCAACACACCUUGGGCGGACUGCUGCAAAGUUGACGAGCCAGGCAAAUAUCCACACAUAGGUGGCCUCUCCCAGUUUGGCAAGCUUGUGGUGAAGGAAAUGAAUCGCUUGGGCAUGAUUGUUGAUCUGUCGCACGUGUCGGUGCCAACAAUGUUGGAUGCAUUGGCCACAUCCCGAGCGCCGCUCAUAUUCUCGCACUCCUCGGCGCAUGCCAUAUGUAAUAGUUCCCGCAAUGUACCGGAUCAUGUAUUGCAGCGCAUUGCCAUUAACGGCGGCUUGGUUAUGGUUGCAUUCUAUCCGCACUUUGUCAGCUGCUCGGGGCAGGCGACACUGCACGAUGUUGUUGCGCAUAUAAACCACAUACGCGAGGUGGCUGGUAUAGACCAUGUGGGCAUUGGGGCUGGCUACGAUGGCGUCAAUCUCGUGCCCAAAGGCUUGGAGGAUGUUUCCAAAUAUCCGCAUCUCUUUGCAACCCUGCUCGAGUCGGAUAAAUGGUCGGAGGGGGAUAUAGCGAAGCUGGCUGGACGAAAUCUCAUACGCGUUUUCAAGGAAGUGGAAGCGGUGCGUGAUCAAAUGGAAUUAUUGCGAGUGCAACCGAUUGAUCAGUCAAUUCCAGCUGAGGACAUUAUGGGCAGAUCCUACUGUCGGUAUCAAGGACCAAGAACGUGAUAAUUUCUUUAUAUGUAAAGUUUUUGCAUGCACAAAUACACACACACACACAAACACACACACAUAUACCCACAUCAAUGCCAGGAGCCAGAGAAGAGAGAGAAGAAAUUAUGUCAAGCGUACGUGUUGUAAAGUGAAACUUGUUUUAGGUUAAUUGACAAAGUUUUUUCGUCGUUACAUGCGAGCAUUUGUUUUUAUAGUGCAUGUGUGUUGAAGUAUGUGUAUCACACAUACACACACACACACACACACACACAAACACACAAACACACA